GUGGCUGAUUUCGCGGGAAUUGUUUCUGCCGCUCGCUGACAAGGAGUAAAAUCAGCCAUUUCUUCAAAUAUAGCAUAUUACCUGAUAUUAAACGGAUAACAACUGAAGUUGUACCUUUUCUCUUCUAAGGGCAGUCAUGUUCUCCGACCUGAGUGCCCAGAAGGAGGGCUCCUCUCUGCUCUCCCGCCCUGCCUCCGAGGACCAGGGACCGGCAGUAUUUGAGAGGACGUCGCUGGCCUACAGUCCCUGCUCCGAGCGCUACAGUGUCGGGGAGCGGAACUUCGGCCGCCAGUAUGCUCAUAUUUACGCAGCUCGACUCAUGCAGAUGAGGCCCCUGCUGUCACAGAGAGCUAAGCAGAAAUGGGGAUCAGAUGUGCUCAUCAGGAAGCUGUGCGAUAUGCAGACAGGGGAGCAGUGUUGCAUUGUGGGGACCUUGUUCAAGCGUAUGGAAUUGCAGCCAUCUAUUCUGAAAGAGAUCAGUGAGGAGCACAACCUCCUGCCCCAGCCUGCACGUGCCAAAAACAUUAGUGAAACAGAUGAGCUGAUUCUGGAGGAUGAACUCCAGAGGAUCAAACUAGAGGGCAAAAUCGACAAAGACAAGUGUGUCACGGGCAGUGUUAUUGCAAUAUAUGGAGCUGAGAGAAAUGAUGGGAAGUUCACAGUUGAGGACUUUUGCACAGCGGAUCUCCCUUUACAGAGAGCAAGACCUGCUCUCAGCGCUGACAGGUUUUUGCUCCUGGCCUCAGGCCUUGGUCUCGGCAGUAGUCGUGCUGACAGCAUGCUGGGACUACAGUUGCUGGUUGACAUGGUAACUGGUCAGCUUGGUGACCUGGGUGAGCAGAGCGGGGCAGCGACGAUAUCCAGGGUUCUGCUGGCUGGAAACCUCCUCAGCCAAAGCACCCAGGACAAGGAUGCAUCAACAAAGGCCAAGUACCUCACCAAGAAGACUCAGGCUGGCAGUGUGGAGGCCAUUCGUUUGCUGGAUGAGCUGCUGCUUCAGCUGGUGGCUUCAGUUCCAGUGGAUGUAAUGCCAGGCCAGUAUGACCCCACCAACUACACCCUCCCACAGCAGCCUCUCCACCGAUGUAUGUUCCCCUUGUCCUCUGUGUACCCCACACUACAGCUGGCCUCCAAUCCAUACCAGGCUGACAUCGAUGGAGUGCGGUUCCUGGGAACAUCAGGCCAGAAUGUCUGUGACAUUCAGAGAUACAGCAGCAUGGACAGUCAUGUGGAAAUACUGGAGGAAACACUACGACUCAGACACCUGGCGCCUACAGCACCUGAUACACUGGGUUGUUAUCCAUUUUACCUGAAAGACCCUUUCAUCUUGGAAGAGUGUCCUCACGUUUACUUCAGUGGCAAUGCCCCAACCUUUGAGUCUAAACUCAUCAAAGGUCCUGAUGGUCAGGAAGUCCUUUUGGUCACAAUUCCAGAGUUCAGCAGCACCCAAACAGCUUGCCUGAUCAAUUUACGCACUCUGCAAUGUGAGCCAGUCAGCUUCUCAGCCUUCUCCGCUGACGAAGACGAAGAAAGUGAGAUGAACAUCAGCCACUGAGGGUUAAUAUCUGUGACACUUGUGGCACACUACUGGUGCUCAUUCAGACUUAUUUCUCCUAAACGCAGACUGUUUAAAUCAACUUUGGGUCAGGAAUGACCAUCUGUGCAACUCUGAUGCUGUCCAACACAGCUCUAGUGUUUCCUUUCUUAAACUGUAAGAGAAAAACAGCCCUGAUAUACCAGAAACACAAAUCAGGUGCUAAAAAAGAGAAGAGACACACAUUGUGUAUUAAUAAGCCUUUAUUUGAAAAAUAACUCUUCUACCCCACCUGUGUCUGUCUGUUACCAACUGUCAACUGCUUUUCACACAACAAGUGACUAUUCCUACUGUAAAAAUAGUUCUGCAUGGGUGAGAACAGUGUAAAUAAUUCAGCUGUUUUUUUUAUGUGCAUCCACAAUAAACAUCUUUUCAUGAAGCAAAA